AUGUCUGCCAUUGACCAGAGGAACCAGAGCAGGCAGCACACAGAGCCUGAGACAGGCUACAUCGCCCCUGGGGUGAAGCCAAGGGGCGAGAUGUUCGUCUUUAUUGAUGGGAAAUGGGUGAAUGACAUCUGCUGCCAGCCACCCUGUCCUUCCCACCGGAGACUCUUUUGCAAGAAGGCACAGAAUGAGUGGAGCAUCUGGGAGGAGAAUAGAGCACUCUGGCAGGAAAACCAAGUCCUCUGGAUCAAAAACAGGAUGCUCUGGGAAGAAAACAAGGCCUUACAGUAUCUCCAGUCACGGAACAAAUCUGUCCAGGUAAUUUACUCUGAUGUUCUUCAGCAAAGCCUCAAGAGCAAAAAUAAACCAUUUCCACUCUUCCAAGAGAGGAGCACAGGCUUUCAGUUCAGCCUGGACAACAAAGCUCUCCAGUCAGUCCAGAAAAAGAAUAAAUUAUUUGAGGAUUUCCAGCAGGAGAAUAAAGCACUCCCUGUUACCUGGAAGGGCCAAAAAGCCAUCACUGUCCAUGAAGAGAGUGAAGAUGCCAGCUCAGACCUUCAGAAGAACGCUGACACCACUGCAGCUGUGGAAAAAGGUAACCCCAGCCCAGUCCCCCAGCAGGAACAUGAAGGUAGAAGGAAGAACAUUACUCCAACUCAGAAUAAGAUUGAGUCUGCCCCAAGUAUGCUGGGAGAGCAUGAAAUCCUCCGAGUUCUUCAGGAUCUGUGUGAGCUCCUCCACACCUUCCUAAAAAUGAGCCAUCCUUCUGGGGAGAAAGAGUGUUGUCACAAUGUCUGUGAUGUGAACAGAUCCUUCCAAGAAGAUUACAAUAAACUGAAGCUGCAGCUGAAAGCUGUGAAAAACACUGUGUCAGACAUUACAGCUCAAAUGGAUAUACUGGAAAAGGAGAUCAUUGCUGUCACUUCCCCAGUGUAUGAAGAAUCAGGGCAAAAGCUGGCAACUGAGCAUCAGCUUGGACACGUGUGAA